GGUAGGGUAGGCGUUAUUUAAUUACUCUUAAACGUGUGCAAGAGGAGCUCAACCUUCGCCAAAACUAACUGUGAGUUUUCAUUGCAAGAAUGGCUUUCGUUUCAUUUACCCUCGGGGCGAUCAGUUUGAUCAUAUGCCUCCAACUCAUGCAUACGCGGUACCGGAAGCAGCUGAACUCCAUUCCUGGGCCUUUUAUCGCAAGCUUUAGUAACCUUUGGAAGCUCGCCGCCGUAUACUAUGAAGACAUGCCGGGUUGGAACAUGAGCGUGCAUGACAAGUAUGGUCCUGUCGUUCGAAUCGGUCCCAACCACGUAUCAUUUGCCAGCCCGGAGGCCUUCCAAGUAAUUCAUGCCUCACGGCAGGCGUUCGCAAAGUCAGACUUCUACGAAGUAGGAGCUCCUACAUACCAUGGAGAGCCACUCGAGAACCUAUUCUCGCUCAGAGAUGUCCAACGCCACGCCACUUUGAGGAGGAAUAUAGGAGGUUUAUAUACGAAGGCCGCAGUGAAGGACUUCGAACCUCAGGUGGACAGUUGCAUCGAACUAUUCAUGAGACAGCUAGCAGACAAGACCAAGGAUGGGCCUACGACUCUCGACAUGUCGCUAUGGCUACAUCUCUUCGCCUACGACUGCCUCAGCGAAAUGAAUGUAUCGAAGAAGUUGGGAUUCUUAGAAAGGGGCCAGGACGUAAACGGGACUAUUGAGUCUGCCGACAAGAUAUUCUUUAUGGUCGGAUUGUUUACGCAAGCACCCAUCCUUCAAUGGCUUUUGGGAUUCCUUCGAUCUCUAGUUCCCGCUGAAGAGGCGGAGCCAGUUCUAAACUUCACACUUAGCGAAGUGGAGGCUAGGCGAAAGUCAUCUCAAAACCAAGCAGACAUGCUAGGCCGGCUACUCGAUCUUCAUCUAGAGCAUCCAGACAAGGUAUCUAUCAGAGAGAUCACGGCCGCAAUAUUCAUCAACCUCACUGCAGGACACGACGUUUUAGCCAUCACCAUCCGCGCAAUAUGGUACUACCUUUCUCAAAACCCUCGCGUGUUAAGCAAGCUCCGAGACGAGAUAAGGUCCGCUAGCGAUGGAUAUUCAACCUCAUCCAUAGUCCCUCACCCCGUCGUCGCCAAACUCCCUUAUCUAAACGCCGUAAUACAAGAAACAUUACGCAUCCAUCCUAAUACCGGCACUAUCAUCGAGCGUAAAGCGCCCCGAGAAGGCGUUAUCAUAGACGGGUAUCAAAUCCCGGGAGGCACUACCGUAGGCGUCAACGCUUGGGUACUCCACCAAAACAAAAAUGUGUAUGGGGAGGAUGUCGACCAGUUUCGACCCGAACGAUGGAUAGAGGCGACCGAAGAGAAAGGAUUAGAGAUGAGCCGAUGUCUAUUUUCUUUUGGAGCUGGUACUCAUACUUGUAUCGGAAAGAACAUAGCUAUGUUGAUGGUAAGUAAGCUGGUGAUGGAAUUUUACCGGCGAUACGAUGCUGCGUUGGCGCAUCCUGAGAAGGGCUGGAGAGUUCACGGUAGCUGGGUCACCAAGCAAACAGAGAUGGAUAUGGUCAUUAGUAGGCUAUGAAAAGGCAUCUUCAUCUUCAUCAGUUCAAUGCAAUACG